AAUAUUGUUACCUGAAUAUUACCUGAAUAUGUGAUACAGAGAUGGUCAUCAUAGACAAUUAUUUUUAAUUGCUUCAGUUUGAUUUUUUGUUGAGUUUCUUUCAGUAAUUCUACUUCUUUGCAAGUCUUUUCUCUUGUUGAUCUGUUUUUUUUUUUAAAAAAAGAAAACUAAAAAAAACUUUGACCUAUCCAUGGAAGCGAGCUGGUAUCAUCCACGGAGACGUCUAAGUGAUUAUCCGAACCUUUCAAUCGUUUCUUUCUUUGCCUGGAAUCCAUACAGAGCUAAAGGCCUUCUCCUUUUCUUCCUCCCGCUAUUUCAUUGAGCACUCAGUACCAGUGCUCUUGCGCACAUAUUUUCCCAAAUUAAGACCCGUGGAAAAUGGCUCUCGAAAGUGCUGGUGGAUCCAUUAUAGCUAUGCUAGCAGAACUCAUGGUGGAACCAGUAGGAAGGCAGUUCCGUUACAUGUUCUGUUUCAACAAUUUUGCUCAAGAAUUCAAAGAAAGAGAGGAGAACCUGGUUUCGGAAAAAGAUCGUCUGCAAGAUGUUGUCAGAGCUCCUGAAAGGAAUGCUGAAGAAAUUUACAAAGAUGUCAAAAAGUGGCUGGAAGAUGCAAACAACGAAAUUGAAGGUGCGAAGCCGUUGGAAAAUGAAAUAGGAAAAAAUGGCAAAUGCUUUACUUGGUGCCCAAACUGCAUGCGACAAUUCAAGUUAAGCAAGGCACUGGCCAAGAAGUCGGAGACUUUCAGAAAACUUGGAGAAAGUAGCGAAAAGUUUACAAAAGUGGCCGACAAACGUCCUCCUCAGCGCAUAGAAUUUCUAACAUCAAAGGAAUUCACGCCCUCAAAAUCGUCAGAAGAAGCUUUGGAACAGAUUAUGGAAGCUCUCAAAGAUGACAACGUCAAUAUGAUCGGACUGUACGGCAUGGGAGGGGUGGGUAAAACCACCUUGGUGAAAGAAGUAGGCAGGAUAGCCACAGAGUCGCAGCUUUUUGAUGAAGUUUUGAUGGCUACGGUGUCGCAGAAUCCAAAUGUCAUAGACAUUCAGAACCGAAUGGCAGAUAUGUUAGGUUUGAAAAUUGAAGAAAACAGUAAAGAAGGGAGAGCAGAUCGAUUACGGCAGAGACUGAAGAAAGUGGAGAAGAUGCUUAUAACCCUGGAUGAUGUUUGGAAACAUAUUGACUUGAAAGAGAUAGGGAUCCCAUUUGGUGAUGAUCACAGGGGUUGUAAAAUUCUUCUAACAACUCGUCGUAAAAAUAUAUGUUCUUCUAUGAAGUGCCAGCAAAAAGUGUUCUUAAGAGUAUUACCUGAAAAAGAAGCAUGCGAUUUAUUCAGAAUCAAUGCAGGUUUAGAUGAUGGGGACUCUACCUUGAACGAAGUGGCAAGGGAUGUUGCGAGAGAAUGCCACGGCUUGCCUAUAGCACUCGUGACAAUGGGAAGGGCUCUAAGAGAUGAAUCUGCAGUUAAGUGGAAAAGAGUGUCUAAACAGCUCAAAAACUCUCAAUUUCCGGACAUGGAACAAAUUGAAGAAAAAAAUGCAUAUGCAUGUCUUAAGUUGAGCUACGAUUAUUUGAAGUCCAAGGAAACCAAGUUAUGUUUCUUGCUAUGCUGUUUAUUUCCAGAAGAUUACAACAUUCCAGUCGAGGACUUGACGAGAUAUGCAGUUGGCUAUGGGUUACAUCAAGAUGGGGAGCCCAUUGAAGAUGCAAGGGAACAAGUUCAUGUGGCAAUCAAAGACCUCAAAGCUUGUUGUUUGUUGUUGGGCACUGAAACUGAAGAACAUGUGAGAAUGCAUGACUUGGUUCGUGAUGUUGCUAUUCAGAUAGCAUCAUCAAAAGAAUAUGGAUUCAUGGUAUUGGAGAAGUGGCCAACGAGUAUUGAAAGCUUUGAAGGUUGCACAACAAUUUCGUUAAUGGGCAAUAAACUAGCAGAACUUCCUGAAGGAUUGGUAUGUCCACAGCUCAAAGUUCUAUUAUUAGAACUGGAUGAUGGUUUGAAUGUUCCAGAGAGGUUUUUUGAAGGGAUGAAAGAAAUUGAAGUUUUGUCUCUGAAGGGAGGGUGUUUGUCAUUGCAAUCACUCGAACUCUCAACGAAACUUCAAUUGUCGCUGUUGACGGAGUGCGAAUGCAAGGACCUCAUUUCGUUGAGAAAGCUGCAGGGACUUAAGAUUCUUGGUCUUAUGUCGUGCUUAUCCAUUGAAGAAUUACCUGAUGAAAUAGGAGAGCUCAAGGAGUUAAGGUUGUUGGAUGUGACAGGUUGUCAAAGGCUAAGAAGGAUCCCUGUGAAUUUGAUUGGAAGGUUGAAGAAGUUAGAAGAGCUGUUGAUCGGGGAUGGCAGCUUUGAUGGAUGGGAUGUUGUUGGAUGCACAGGAGGAAUGAAUGCAAGCCUAACAGAACUAAAUUCGUUGUCUCAGUUAGCCGUAUUAUCAUUGAGGAUACCGAAGGUUGAAUGCAUUCCCAGAGAUUUUGUUUUUCCAGUUAGCUUGCGCAAAUAUGAUAUAAUAUUAGGGAAUUGGUUUGUGGUAGCCAAUUAUGGAUACCCAACCUCGACAAGAUUAAUUUUGGCUGGUACAUCCUUAAAUGCGAAGACAUUUGAGCAAUUGUUUUUACAUAAAUUAGAAUUUGUAAAAGAGGGUUGUGGGGAUCUUUCCACUCUGUUUCCAGCAAGAUUGCGGGAAGGUUUAAAAAAUCUAAAGGAGGUGAUUGUUGACAGCUGUAAAUCAUUGGAAGAGGUAUUUGAAUUGGGUGAGGCUGAUGAAGGAAGCAGUGAGGAGGAGGGGCACACCAGGCAUGUAAGCCUUCAAAGUCUUGCUCAUCUGAAUUUGAAUUCUCUCGACAAACUCAUAUUUAUCUUCACACCGUCCCUCGCUUACAGUCUGCCAAAGCUAGAAAGCCUUCGUAUAAGUGAAUGCGGUGAAUUGAAGCAUAUUAUCAGAGAAGAGGAUGGUGAAAAAAAAAUAAUUCCAGAGUCUCCUUGCUUCCCACAAUUAAAAACUAUCAACAUAUCUUUCUGUGAUAAACUGGAAUAUGUCUUCCCAGUCUCUUUGUCACAUAACAGAGAUGGCAUCAUCAAGUUCCCUCAACUAAGAGAAUUGUCUCUUUGGCUCCGAUCAAAUUACAGCUUUUUAGGUCCAAGGAAUUUUGAUGCUCAAUUGCCUUUGCAAGAAUUAACCAUUCAAGGCCACGAAGAAGUGGGUAAUUGGUUGGCACAGCUACAACAAAACGACUUCUUACAAAGAUUAGAAUAUGUACACGUGUACGAUUGUGGGGAUGUUUGCACUCCGUUUCCAGCAAAAUUGCUGCGAGAUCUGAAAAAUCUAAGGAGGGUGGAAAUUGAGGACUGCAAAUCAUUGGAAGAGGUAUUUAAAUUUGCGUGAAAUUGAGAUUAGAGAAUGCAACAAGUUGAAGAGCCUCUUCCCAGUAGCCAUGGCUUCAGGUCUCCCAGAGCUCCGAAUACUUACAGUUAAAAAAUCCUCUCAAUUAUGGGGAGUAUUUGGGCAGGAUGAUCGUGCUUCACCUGUCAACGUUGAGAAGGAGAUGGUGCUUCCUAAUCUAAAUGAGCUGUCGCUGGAACAAUUAUCAAGUAUUGUCUAUUUUAGUUUCGGAUGCUGUGAUUUCUUAUUCCCUCGUUUGGAGAAGUUGAAGGUCCAUCAAUGUCCAAAGCUGACCACAAAAUUUGCUACUACACCAGAUGGUUCAAUGAGUGCUCAAUCAGAG